GUGGCUGAAGUCUGUUACCCUGGCAACUACUGGGCCCCUCUAGACUUUCCUGAAAAGCGUCGAAUUCAGAGGCCAGGAACCCGCGCUUCCUGGAGCCGGAACCGUGCCGGGCUGAGGACCGUUUCGGUGGGAUCCGCCUCUGACCAACCUUUGGCGGCUGAGACCUUACCGCACGCACCUUGAACUGAUCGGAAAUACUAGUGAGGGGAAGGAGAGUUUCCAAUUUUCUAAAUACUUAGGAAUGUUUACUUUGAGAAGUGGAAAUUAUUGAUUAUGGCUCACUAUUCCAAAGAAGAGCUAGAUGAAGAGUUCGAACAGUUUAUGAAAGAGCUUUCAGAUGAUUCUUUUGAAAAUUCAAACAAAACACCUAGACAGACUAAAAAAGAAGAAAAGAAGAAAGAUACAGUGCCAUGGUGGAUAACUGAAGAUGAUUUUGAAGAUGGUGGACUGCUUGGAACAAAUGUAAGCUAUUUGAAAACAAGGAAGACUUCUCAGCCUAUUAUGGAAACAGAAGAGGAGUCUGCUGAAAAGAUACAAUUUCUUAAGAGCAGCGGAACUUCAAUCUUAAGUAUUGACAGCUUAGAAACAAAUGAGCUAGUAGUUUCUGAGUUUAAUCAUAGUAUUCUCGGAUUGGGAUUGGACACAUUAGAAGAACAAGAAGAGAAAAACCAAUUUUUUGCCAGACUUGAGAAAGGUUUAACAUCUUCCAUUGACUAUUCAAGAUUAAAUAAAGAAUUGGAUUCUAAUGACUCCACUCAUUUUAAAGCUUUACUUAGUAAUCAAGCCAAUAUAGAGUUAACUGAAGAUGAACGUGAGAAUGAAUCUAUCCAGGAAGAACUAGCAGAAAAUUACAGUGAUGAUUUUGAAGAUGAGGAGGAUACAAAUGCACCCUUGACUACUAAAGAUGAAGAGACUCAUUCCAAAGAAAAUCCCCAGUCAGAAAAAAUAAGUGUACCCAAACAGGAAGAAGAGAAAACUGGCAUGCUGGCUAAUGUUGUGCUGCUUGAUUCAUUAGACUCCAUUGUAGAUGUCAAGCUUGAUGAACAGGAUAAAGCAGCGAGUAAGCCAAAGACUCUACCAGAGAUAACUGAUAAUGAAAUGACAGGAACAGGUAUCUCUCAUGGACAAAGCAAUAGUGACAUUGAAGCCCUACAUCAGGCUUAUCAUCAUGUAGCCCAUUCUUUGGGCGAUACAGAUGAACAAAGAUUUGAGAGUAAUGCAAUAGAAAAUACCAAGAACUCAGUGAAAGAUCAUCCUCAAGACAAUGAUGACGAGUCCUCAAAAAACAAUUCUACGACUGAAUCUGAUCUGCCCACUGUAGAAGAGCUGAUGAAACCUAUCAGAAUAGAUUCCUUUGGGGUCAGUGGUUUUGAUUUACAACCUGUCAGUUCUAAAGUACUGGCGGAUAAUAAAGAAACUGAAUUUGUUAGUCCUUUACUUAAGACAAACUCAAAUCUUAUGUUUCAAGAACCACAUCAUGUGAACCAAUUUUUUGACAAAAGUGAUGAGAAUGUGGUUUUACAAAAGACAGCAAAUGAAGGUAUAGAAAAUAGCUGUCCAAGAGUAACUGCUACGGAGGAACACAUAGAUAAAAUGUACCUUGAUAUUUUGAGGAAAAAACUAUCUGUUGAUCCUUCAUUAUUACCUCAGGAUGACAAAAUUAAUAAAACUUUGAGAUCUCAGCUCAGUUUUGGAGAAGAAGGGGCUGUAAUCGGUAAAGAGGUACUUUAUAAGAAGGCUAGAAGUGCACCUCCUUUACUUAAAAGAAAACCCCAGAGUGGAUUAUAUGCAUCAGUUAGGAGCUCAGGCUAUGGCAAACCCAAUUCACCAUCCAAGACGUUUUCUACUCUUGAAAAGAAAACUUCAAAGGACGUUAUGAAGAGCAAAAACUUGAGAUCCAUUCCCACCUCAGAUCGAGCUAGGAAGAAGGAAAUCUUAUCUGGAACAAAAGUCAUUAAGCCUGCAGCUUUGGGUACACCAGCUCCCAAAACUGAAAGUUGCCUGGCUACUCCUAAGAAGUCUGAAGAUCCUACACAAAUUGAUUCCUGUGUUCAGUUUCAGAAUGAUUCUUUAGGAUACCCUGGUGGGAACAAGGAGACAGAAUUAUUUAUGUUUAAAAGAGUUCAGGAAGCAGAGGAAAAAUGGAGGGGUGCACAAGCCCUAAUUGAGCAAAUUAAAGUCACAUUCUCAGAUAAAGAAAGAGAGCUGGAAAAGAAGAUGGAAGAACUGAAGAGACAACAGGAAAAAGAACUCUUCAGACUAAAUCAAGACAAUUAUAUUCUUCAAGCAAAGCUAAAUAGCUUUGAAGAAGCGAACAAAAAACAAAGAUGGUUACAUUUUGGAGAAAUAACUGAUCCUGUCACCGAAGAAAAAUUGAAGCAAAUCCAAAAAGAAAUACAGGAACAAGAGACACUUCUUCAAGGAUAUCAACAGGAAAAUGAAAGAUUGUAUAAUCAAGUAAAAGCACUCCAAGAACAAAACAAGAAAAAUGAGGAGCGAAUGUUUAAGGAAAACCAGAGUUUGUUGAGCGAGUUAGCUUCCUUAAAAGAACAAAUGCAUAAAAGUCACUUCCUGUCUCGAGUAGUUGAAGAUUCAGAGCCCACCAGAAACCAGAGUUUUACAGAACUGUUAGCAGAACUCCGGAUGGCACAGAAAGAAAAAAACAGUUUAUUGGAAGACAUCAAAAGACUGAAGCAAGACAAACAAGCUCUUGAAGUAGACUUGGAAAAGAUGAAGAAAGAGAGAGACCAAGCCAAAGAUCAGAUUGCUUACGCUACAGGUGAAAAAUUAUAUGAAAUAAAAAUUUUAGAAGAAACACAUAAACAAGAAAUCAGUCGUCUACAAAAAAGAUUACAAUGGUAUGCUGAAAACCAGGAACUUCUAGACAAAGAUGCAGCUCGGCUUAAAGAAGCAAAUGAACAAAUUGAGAAGCUGAAACUUGAGAUUGAGAAACUGAAAGCUGAAUCUGGAAAUCCAUCUGUGCAGCAGAAGAUACGUUUAAAAGAUAGAGCAGUUGAUGCUAAAAAAAUUCAGGAUCUGGAACGACAAGUGAAGGAAAUGGAAGGAAUUCUAAAGAGAAGAUAUCCCAAUUCUUUACCUGCUUUAAUAUUGGCUGCAUCAGCUGCAGGUGACACAGUAAAUAGAAAUACGGUGGAAUUUAUGGAAAAAAGGAUUAAAAAGCUAGAAGCUGAUCUUGAGGGCAAAGAUGAAGAAGCGAAGAAAAGCCUUCGUACCAUGGAACAACAGUUUCAGAAAAUGAAGAUUCAGUAUGAACAGAGACUAGAAGAACAGGAGCAGCUACUUGCCUGCAAGUUGAAGGAAGCACCCCAGAACCAACGUGACAACUCUGUGGUUAAAGCACUAGAAAAGGAACUCAGCGACGUUAAGGAAGCCCAUCAGAUUACUGUCAGAAACCUUGAAGCUGAAAUAGACAUUCUUAAACAUCAGAAUGCUGAAUUAGAACUCAAGAAGAAUAAUAAAGAUGAUAAAGAUUUCCAGUCUCUAGAAUUCCAGGUGGAACAGGCUCAUGCUAAAGCUAAGCUGGUAAGGCUCAACGAGGAACUGGCUGCAAAAGCGAGAGAAAUAGAAGAUCUUUCGAAAACUGUGGAGAGGCUUCAGAAGGAGAGAAGAAUGAUGCUAUCUAAUCAGAACUCUAAGGGUAGAGAGGAAAUGUCUACCAGAAAGGUGAAGAAAGAUGUUUUGCACACAGGUAAAGGCAAUGCUAACUCCUCUGGAACCCUGGAUAGCAAGCUUUACCAACCACACACUUUUACUGAUACCCAUACGUCAGAGGUUUUACAAGAAAACUUUAGAUUGAAAAAUGAGCUACAGAGAGUAAUUUUGGAGAGGAAUGAGCUGAAGAUGAAAUCUGAAGCAGCAUCAAAUCAAUUUGAAAACUCCAUGAAAAGGAUCAAGGAAGAUACCACAGCACAGAUCGCAUCCCUCAAAGCAUCUCAUCAGAGAGAAAUAGAGAAACUCCUUUGCCAAAAUGCGGUAGAAAAUUCUUCUUCCAGAGCAGCUGAAUUGAAUCGUAAAAUAGCAACUCAGGAGGUACUUAUAAAACAUUUCCAAAAUCAAGUUAAUGAGCUGCAGGGUAAGCAAGAGUCUCUUGUAGUUUCUCAAGUUCGAGAAGAAAUCCUACAGAAUGAGGUUACAAAACUCCUAGAAGAAUUGAGAGAAGCCAAAGAAAACCAUACACCAGAGAUGAAACAUUUCACAGCGUUAGAAAAGAAAAUUAAACAGAUGGAAAUGAGACACCAGCAAAGAGAGCAGGAACUUCAACAGAUAAUACAGCAAACACGCCAAGUAGUAGAAACUGAGCAAAACAAAGAAAUUGAGAAAUGGAAAAGACUUGCACAGUUAAAGAAUCGAGAGCUGGACAAGUUUCGCAUGGAAUUAGACUCAAUAUUAGAUGUUCUUCGAGAGCUGCACCGACAGGGAGUUGUUGUUCCAGUUGCUUUUUCAGAUGAAGCUAAUGCACCGAAGUAUUACUAGAAAGCCUAGUUUCAUAGGGCCUCAUUAAAAGGACUGAAGAUACAAGGGAUUGUGCCACUAUCAGGAGCUUUACAGAAUAAGUAUUCCUUUCUAUUGCCAGAAAGCAAACAAUACAAAAGCAACCUUUCAAAAUAAAUUACCCUUAACGAAUGAGAGAAAAAAAAGCAUCGUGGUAUAUUUUACUAAAAAUCAUUAACCAAUCACAUUUUAAGUAAUUUAUGGGCAAGUUCAUUUAUGUCAAAUGAUUAUAACUAGUGAGAUGUAUGUAAAAUAGCUUACUCAUAUGAUAAGAAAUGGGAAGAAAAGGAAAUCUCCUACACUGCAUGUCACAUUAUUAGUGACCAAGUAUAUAUUCUUAAUUUUCUUUGUGCCAAAAAAGUGGCUCCUGUUUUUCAUGAAAACACACAGUGGAAUAUGAGCGCAGUGGCUGGGCAGUCCCAUCAACUGCUGGUCGAGUGGUAGAGCUUCCUCAGUAAUGUAGACAAGAAUUCUCAUUUCUGUACAGGUAGACAGUGAAUUCUCUUGUUUUCUCCCAGUUCUCCAGUCCUUCCUCUAGGGUCUCUUUUUUGCAUCUAUUAUAAGGUGAAAAUAUGUCUCUCACAAAUAAUAGAGGGAUUUAAUUUAUCCAUUGUUUUAAUCUUAAUUUAAACUGUGGCAUAUUAUUUAAGCUGUAUAUCUUAAAUGGCAAUCCUACCUUUUUGGUACCUUUGAAAAUUAUAAACAGAAUUCAAUAACAUUUUUACUUUCUCUAUUUAAAAUAUGUGUCUGUUGGAAAAAUUACAGACAUGCAGAAUAGCUGGAUUGUUAUUUCUCUUUUACAGGUCCCAUUUCCAAAGGCAGAUAGUGAGUAUACCAUACAAAAUUUGUGGAUAAGUUAAAGCUAUACCAAUUUGUUUUUAAAUGUUCUAGCCCAGUGCUGUCCAAUAGAAAUAUAAUGUGAGCCACAUGUGUAAUUUUUAAUUUUCUAGUAGGUACAUU